AUGGAAAUCCCACGAAUAUGGGAUGCUCACGAUGUUUUGAUUCACCCCUCCAGAAGCCGAAAUUCGGUCACUAGCAAAUUGGGGAUGUUUUUGACGCGGAGUCGGUCCUCGGAGCUGAACCGCAGCAUUACUCAUCUCAGUGAUAUUCGCAAAGACAUGUCUAAAUUGCCUCAGUUUAACGACAUAGACGAACUGGCAGACUUAUGCGAUAUGGCUGAUGCCAUGUUGAAUAUGACGACAACGCAGAGAGAUGCAGCCCAAAACCACUUGUUUGCCGAUUCCACGGAGAUGAGGUCAAAAUUUGACAUCAUCGUGGAGAACGAGCGAGGAGCUAUGUUAUUUGGGAUACCAAUGUACUCGAAGAACACGCUAAUUGAUCCGUUUGAUCCUCCAAAGUUUCAAAAUAUCAAAGGUCACGAGAUAACGGAUAUAAAAUUGUUUGCACUUCCUGCUCUGGGCUGGAAAUGGAGCUGGCCCAACUGGUAUGUCCUAAUGAUCAGCGAUGUCGAUGACCAGGGCUGGAUAUACUCGUCUAUAAGAUUCAAAUCCCAACAUUGGAAAGGUGUCGCUAGAUUUGGGAAUUUCGUUAGAAGAAGAAUUUGGAUACGGAUGCGUGAAAAGGUCCCCAUCGAUACAGUACUAACCCACGAGUGGGAUAAUGACGAAAUUGCCCCAACAAUCGAGGUAGGAGGAAUUGACUCCAGAAGAGUUCGGAAGAGGGACAGAUUGAAGCGCAAGUUGGGCUUUUACUCAACUACUGCUGACGAUCUAAAUGAGAGUCUCAUGACCGAAGAAGCGUCAACGGUGUCCAACGGCUCCGCGAACAGCGACGAAGACUCACACCAGAUUGCAGACAGGCUUUCUCCUUAUCUUGCCCCAGAAAUGAGCAAUGUUUUAGAAGACCCAAUAUCUGAAAUGGAUGACGAGUCUAGAGACCCUUAUGCUAUCAUAUAUCAGCUGCGGCACGAGUUGCGUGAAAUGACAGUGGAUAGAAAAAGAGUGGACAAGCUACUUGAAUCUCUUCUUUCUUUCGAUAACGAGACUUUAGCGCUCUUGAUCUCAGAUUUCAAGACGUCGCUGGAGUUGUCCACCGCUUCGUUUUUGGCUGAAUUCUACAAGGGCAUACUUUUCAGAGACUCCAAAAGGCUGUUUCUCAAGGCAUUCCAGGAGAACAUUCCAAUGGACGACUCUGAGCGUUCGGAGUUGCUGAAUCAGAUAUUUGAGGUUUAUCGUGACGACUUGGGAUAG